AUGUCGGAACCGACCCUCGUGCGCCUCAAGCGCAAACGCACCGACGAUGCGCCCGACAUCCUCAUCGUCCAGCAGCAGGCGCGCGGGAAUAAACGCGCCGCGACGAAUUUGCAUUAUGUUCGGAAAGCUGAUGCUGUGCCGGUGACGGCGAGGGAGGAACAGCCUGUUGAAAUUCCGUCUGCUGCUGGUGCUCCUGCGCCAUCGCGAGAGGCUCGAAUGGUUAAUGGAGGGGAGUCGACGAGGAGGGUUUUCCAACUUGCUGGAAGGAAGAGGAGGGGGACUGAUGGGGGUGUUGCUACGGUUGUUGAGAAGAAGGUGAAGAGGGGGGAUGGAGAUGUUGGACAGGGAACACUACUGUCUCGAUCUGAUGGGGGGAUCAAUGCGGCCAUAGAGUCUUUCAAACGUCCUGGUCGAAACGCAACCCUUCGCUCCUCGUCGAGCCAUCUCUCUAGCCCGCGUGGGCCAGAAAGCGUGGGCGAGAGGCGGCGAAUCCAGGAGUUGGCGGAUUACAUGCAUCAGACUGCUUUGGAGGAGGUGGAGCGCGAGGAGAUGGCGAAGGGCAUACUUCCGAAUGGAGAUGUUGCGCGGAACUUGCAGAGCUCUACAGGUGUGCAGCAGCGUGUUGCACCGCCGCGGAUGUCCGGUGAGCGGAGUCGGCAACUGCAUAACGCACGGGUAGCUGCCAACGCCGAACUCGGUGCCACGACGGAGGAGCACGACGUGCAGAUGGAGAACGACACGGACUAUGUCUACGACACUUACAUCCUCGCUCCGAAAUCUACUCCUCACUCAGCCACCACCCCCACCAACGGAUCAGGCAACGCCAUUGGCUACCUUGUCGUCAACACCGAGGAGGAAGAAGCACUCUGGCAAACCUUCUACCACUCCCCUUCUUCCCCUACCGGGAGCGACAAAGCGUGGGACGGAGAGGUAGAAGGCGAAGAAGACGAGAAUGCAGAGGGUUUCUAUGGCGCUGAUUACCCCGAGCAAGAAGUCGAUUCGGAGGAUGAGUUUGAUGGGAAUGUUUAUGGGUUUCGUGGGAAGGGUGCUUCGGAUGAGGAGGAGUGGGGGGAUGAGAAAGGGGAGGUGGAGGGUGGGGUUUGGAGUGGGGAUGAGGAGGGGGAGGUUGUGGAUGGGUGGGGGAGGGAUUUGAGUGGGUUUAGGGGGUCGGAGGUGGGUAGGGAGUUUGUGCAGUUUAUGGCGAGAUGA